AUGGCGUCCUACCAGCAGGGCACGUUCAACACACAGCCGAAUGUUGCCGUCCAGGACCCAUAUGCAGGAACUGCAACGGCCACGAACUACAUGUCUUACAUGAAUCAGGGGGUUGCUCAGCCACAGCCAAUGGUUGGUGCUGCCCAGGCUGGGGCUCAGCAGUAUGUGGGACAGCAGCAGUUCCAGCAAUACCAGCAGGGCAUUAACUAUGCCAACUACACUGCACAGCAGUUCCAACAGAUGUAUGGACAGCAGUUUGGUCAGCCUGGUGCACAGUCACCUUACAGCCAGACCACAACACAGCCGAUGUACAAUCAGGCUGCCGCACAGUCCCAUUAUACUGGGGGCAUGACUUACCCUACUGGCGCCACCUAUGGGACACCAGAAGCAGCAGGGGGACUGACAGGGGCUGUCGAUUACGACCCACGAAGCCAUGCGGAGGGCCAGCAGCAGCCCACAACUGCUGCUGAGGAUGCGGACCCACUGCCACCAGGUCUGCAGCCCGAUGACACCCCCGCUGCCAUGGCCGCCACUGCUAGUACCACCUCCAACAUGGGGGCGGGGGUAGAUGCACAAAACAUGCAGACUGGCUGGGGCGCCAAUCCUUGGGCACUUCAGAGCACUCAUCAGCCUCCUGUGGGGCCACAGAUGGGGCCAAUUUACCAGGGCGGCGCUUUUAACAGCACGGGCUAUCAAGACCCUUACUACCAAUACAAUGCACUGGGGCAAGGAGUGCAGCAGAGCUGGACACAGUAUGGCUACACUUACGCUGACCCGAACCAAGUUGCUGCUCCACAGGCACAAGUAGUGGUGCAGAAUCACCCUCUGGCCGUGACAAAUCAACAACCACAGCCACCUCCUGAGCCCAUGACCAAUGCCGUUGUUGCUGCCCAGGCCUCUGACAGUAAGCUUGUGUCUGUUGUUAUGGCCUGGCAGUUGGCACAUAGGGUUCUGUUUGAUAAAUCUAGCCUGUCCACAGCUGAAGUGUCCUUUCCUAAUUUGGGGCAGUAUUGUCCACGUGAAAACGAAGGCAGACAGGGGUACCAAAAGUUGAUCACCAAUGCGAUGCCACGGGGCUUGCACACCUGUGGUGCAGUAUGGGUGCUGCAGUGCACUUGUUUUUCCUUGUGA